AUGAGUCUUAAUAAUACUACGGUUCCUGCAAUGAUCAAUACAGUGUCCACCAUACCCUAUGAUACUGGUGAUAAUGCAUGGAUGAUGACAUCCACUGCACUCGUCCUUCUCAUGACACCGGCACUCGCCUUCUUCUAUGGUGGUCUUGUUGACCAUAAAAAUAUUCUCAAUCAACUUUUCCUUUCAUUCGUAUGCAUGGGUAUCGUCUUUCUUCAGUGGGUACUGUUCGGCUUCUCUUUCGCUUUCGGUCCACCCGUCAGCUCUGGUUUCGGAUCAUUCGGAUGGUCUGUGCUACGAUUCGGUGAAUCCUAUAAUUCAAACUAUAGUCCCACAUAUCCUCUUCUCACUUAUUGUGCCUAUCAAGCCACAUUCGCCAUCAUCACACCUGCUCUCAUCUCAGGCGCCAUCGUUGGUCGAAUGAAGAUCAUCCCUUACAUGAUCUUCAUUUUCGUUUGGUCAACAGUUUGUUAUGAUCCCAUGGCACACUGGGUAUGGGGUGAUAACGGUUGGUUAAAACAGUUGGGCACACUUGACUUUGCAGGUGGCACAGUCGUUCACAUACUCUCAGGUGUUUCUGGACUUGUAGCAUCGAUUAUUCUUGGCAAACGACAUGACUAUGAUCCUAGAGGCACCUCUGCUCACAAUUUACCAUUCACCAUUCUGGGAACAUGUCUGCUGUGGGUAGGCUGGACAGGUUUCAACGGUGGAUCGGCGAAUUCAGCGAGUGGUUUGGCCGCACUCGCAGUGAUCAACACACAUACUGCGGCUGCGACUGGACUAGUCACAUGGGUAGUGAUCGAUGCCAUGCGUGGUCACGUCUCCAUUUCAGGUGCGUGUAUUGGUCCCAUUGUUGGUCUAGUGGCGAUAACACCAGCAUGUGGCUUCGUUCAACCAGGAUGGUCCAUACUGAUCGGCACGAUUGCAACUUGCAUUGUCUAUGUUCUUCUCUUAUUGAAAAAGUAUAUGCGUUUCGAUGACACAUUGGAUGUUGCCAUUGUUCACGGUUGCGGAGGCAUCGCGGGAGCAUUUAUGACUGGACUGUUUUCACAGAAGUGGGUAAAUGAAGCAGGUGGCUUCGAUGGUGCAUUCUAUGGUCGCCCAGUUCAACUAUGGUAUCAAAUAGCUGGAAUACUUACAGCUGUAGGAUUUUCCGCCGUAUGUACAGCUGGUAUUCUGCUUCCGCUGGAUUGGAUAAUGGGUAUUCGUUUAGCAGAAAAAGAUGAAAUCGAAGGUCUUGAUGCAACCGCUCAUGGUGAAAGUUGGGAAAUAGCUGCGUCACGUACUGUGAGUGAUAUGGUUAGAAAGGCUUUAGAAGACGUUAAUAAUGGCAAGAAUUCUGAAGACAGAGGCACAUUCCAGUUGCAUUAUACUCCUGCGGAUACAGAUCGCAAAUCAUUCACAAUACCCCUUCCGGACCGUUUUAAUCGGCAAUAUAGUACUGCAGGAAACACACGACCGCAAACAAGUGUGAAUUCUAAUGAGAUUCCAGCAAUUCAGGACGACGUUGUGAAAUCUCGCCAUUAA